AUGUCUAGAAUGGGGUACACAAAGCCGUCUAGCAACCGCGGCAGCGAAGGCAUGCCACGGAAGGUAGCUGCAGUUGUCGCGGCAAAUGACCCGCUAGGUUCACAGCCGUUUCGCCCGUCGCUAGAGUUGACAUUUCGCGGUCACCGUAGCAGCGUGCUGGCGGUGGGGUUUCAGCCGUCUGCGUCCUCACUCUUGGACCGACGUACUGACGCGAGUGACACAACGGUGCCUCCGUAUGCUCUCUCAUGCGGCUCCGAUGGGUUGGUGUUCUUGUGGAGCGCAAAGGCUACAGUGCGAGCGCUGCGUUUCGUUGGUCACCGCGGCCCUGUACAUGACUGCGCAUGGAGUCCGCACGCGCAUCUCAUCGCGAGCGCUGGACAUGAUGGGUUCAUUCGCCUGUGGCUGCCCUCGCUCCGCCGCACUGGUGGGCUGGCUGCGCCGUCCGUGAGCAGCUACGGCGGUGAGAACUCCGUCCUCUGGCGAGCGCACGCCGGUCCCGUGCGGGCACUCGCUUUCGCGCCGCACGAUGAUCACCUGUACACGGCGGGUGACGACAAGGCAGUGAAAUGCUGGGACCUCAACUAUGCCUCUUCCUCUUCUUCCGCUACUUCCACACACGGCAAGAGCUGUGGUAACAAGUUUGUCUGCGGUUUCACAGGGGGACACCAGAAUUGGGUGCGCACCGUCGCCGUGUCUAACGGCAGCGGAAGUGGAAACGGCAUUCUCGCUACACGUGUUCCACUCAUCGCGAGUGGUGGUGAUGAUCGGACGGUGCAUGUGUGGGAUCCUCGCUCGCGACGGCCGACGCACACAUUUUUUGAGCAUACUGACUCUGUUCGCUCCGUUGACUUUCAUCCUGACGGUUGCUCUCUCGCCACUGGCUCUGCUGAUCACACAAUAAAUGUUUUUGACCUGCGCAGAAACCGUCUUCUGCAACAUUACGACGCGCAUGAUGGUGCAGUCAAUGAAGUGCGCUUUGCGCCGACGGGGAGCUGGCUUCUCUCAGCCUCUGCUGAUGGCGCGGCGAAACUGUGGGACCUGAAGGAGGGAUUCUUGUAUUGCACGUUGAAUGCACAUGAAGGUGCUGUGCACACCGCUCGCUUCUCCGACAAUGGAGCAUGUUUCACAACGGCAGGGCAGGAUGGUAUUGUCAUGGUGUGGCGCUCAGGGCUACCGUGUGUGCAGCCAUCGUAUGCAACUUACCCAAACACUCAUCUCUACGUUGCCGAAGACGCGCCGACGCGACCACUGCUUCCGGAGGGGGCGACGGCACCAUUGCCGGAGGACUUGCCGAGAGACUUGGUACCUUCUUCUACAAGUUCGCCGCGCGUUGGCACCGAUCGACGUCGUGCUGCUUCUGGGGCUGUUGCCAUUGCCUCACCUAAUGACUUUUGCUGCUCAAUAGAGACGUCAGCCGACCGUGCGGCCCACCCCCAGCAGGAAUUACCAAAGACAAAUGGCACCGAGACAGAGCCGAAGUCACAGGGACACUUGCCGUUGUCAAUGACAUCAUCGCAAUUUUCUGUCUUUUCACAAAAACCACCCCUCGCACAGCCAUCGUCUCGCUCUGGUGGGAGUGGUCCAGCGGCACCGGUCGCACCCCUGCAGGAGGAUCAUGGCAAGAAAGAUGAAGGAGGCUGUGGCAGCAACCAGCGUUUGGCACAGAGAGGAGGACGCAACAGCGACAGCGGGAAAUCCUUGGCAUUUGGUCGUGAAGAAAAUGAACGGCGGUAUCCAAUUUAUAAGAGCCCCCGAGUGUCGGAGGAGUACAACGACUGGAAAAAUGACAGGGGUAUCGACACCAACAAGAAUAAUGAGAAGUGUGGGUUAGACCAGGAGAGACAAAACAACCAGCAAUAUCCCCAUGACGCGGUUUUGGCUUCGAUAGAGCAUGCCGAAAACAAUACCGAUGCUGGAGCAGCAAAGAUAGAAGAGACGGACGAAGAGGUAAGCGUCGUGGAGUACGUCGGAAAAACAUAUGACGAGGUAGCCGGUGAUGGCUGGUCAAACGGGUCGAUGUCAACCCCGCACGGGUCACAUCAAUUCAUGACGCAUUCAAAGGAACAAAACCAGAAUUACNGUCAAACGGGUCGAUGUCAACCCCGCACGGGUCACAUCAAUUCAUGA